CAUUUCAGGAUCAGUUUUUCCUACCUCUGCCCAGCCUCCUGGUACUUCACUGUGCCCACAGUGAGCCCAUUUCCACGUCAGCGGGUGGCAUUCCUAGGACUCUUCUUCAUAUCCUGUCUCCUUUUACUUAUGUUAAUCAUGGACUUUCGACAUUGGGGUGCUUCAUUACCACGAGAUAGGCAAUAUGAAAGGUAUUUGGCUCGAGUAGGGGAGCUUGAAGCAACUGACACUGAAGACCUGACUCUAAAUUAUGGCCUUGUUGUGGACUGUGGCAGCAGUGGCUCCCGGAUUUUUGUUUAUUUCUGGCCAAGACAUAAUGGCAACCCCCAUGAUUUGCUGGACAUCAAACAGAUGAGAGACCGCAACAGCCAACCAGUCGUUAAAAAAAUCAAGCCAGGAAUCUCUGCAAUGGCAGACACCCCAGAACAUGCCAGUGAUUACCUUCGUCCUCUGCUGAGCUUUGCUGCUGCCCAUGUGCCUGUGAAGAAGCACAAGGAGACACCCCUUUACAUCCUAUGCACAGCAGGCAUGCGGCUUCUCCCUGAGAGAAAGCAGCUGGCCAUCUUGGCUGAUCUAGUGAGAGAUAUACCGCUGGAGUUUGACUUCCUCUUUUCCCAGUCUCAGGCAGAAGUGAUCUCUGGGAAGCAGGAAGGAGUUUAUGCAUGGAUUGGAAUCAACUUUGUUUUGGGAAGAUUCGACCAUGAGGAUGAAUCCGAUGCUGAGGCUCCCCAGGAAUUGGCAGCAGGGCGCAGAAGGACAGUAGGGAUACUGGAUAUGGGAGGAGCCUCUCUUCAAAUUGCUUAUGAAGUUCCUACCUCAACCUCUGUCCUUCCUCCAAAACAGGAAGAAGAAGCAAAGAUCCUGCUGGCUGAAUUCAACCUGGGCUGUGAUGUGCAACAUACUGAACACGUGUAUAGGGUUUAUGUCACGACCUUCCUGGGUUUUGGGGGCAACUUUGCCCGGCAGCGCUAUGAAGACCUUGUGCUGAAUGAAACCCUUACCAAAAAUAGGUUGCUGGGCCAGAAGACUGGUCUGAGUCCAGAUAAUCCACUUCUGGAUCCCUGCCUGCCUGUGGGCCUCACAGAUGUGGUGGAGAGGAAUAGCCAGGUGCUGCACAUCCGAGGAAGAGGAGACUGGGCGUCUUGUGGGGCGAUGCUGAGCCCCCUGCUGGCUCGCUCCAACACCAGCCAGGCCUCACUGAAUGGCAUCUACCAGUCACCAAUUGACUUCAACAACAGCGAGUUCUACGGUUUCUCUGAGUUUUUUUACUGUACAGAGGAUGUGUUACGCAUUGGUGGCCAUUAUCACGGGCCAACGUUUGCCAAGGCUGCCCAGGAUUACUGUGGCAUGGCCUGGUCAGUACUAACUCAGAGAUUCAAGAAUGGCCUCUUUUCAUCACAUGCAGAUGAGCAUCGACUCAAAUAUCAGUGUUUUAAAUCAGCUUGGAUGUACCAAGUUCUUCAUGAAGGAUUCCACUUUCCCUAUGACUACCCGCACCUGCAGACAGCCCAGCUGGUAUAUGACCGAGAGGUUCAGUGGACACUGGGAGCCAUUCUGUAUAAAACACGAUUCUUACCACUCAGGGAUCUGCGGCAAGAAGGUGUUCGGCAGGCCCAUGGUAGCUGGUUCCGCCUCUCCUUUGUCUACAACCACUAUCUCUUCUUCGCCUGUAUCCUGGUGGUGCUGCUGGCCAUCAUCCUGUACCUUCUGCGGCUACGCCGAAUUCACCACCGACAAACUCGAACCUCGGCUCCACUGGACUUGCUGUGGAUUGAGGAGGUGGUGCCCAUGAUUGGGGUACAGGUAGGGCCGUGAGGCCGGACAAGGACUUGGGAAGCUUGA